AUGGUCAGGCGAUCUGUUUUGAAGGUCUCGCGAUGCCUGGACAGUUGUCACAUCUGCUCCGCCUGGCGGAGCCUGACCCCCUCGCUUCCCACAGCCGGCGUUCACGGCGGACCGCGAAGACAAUUCAAUUCGACCUCUGGUUUGUCUAGACCUCCAGCUGCAGCAGAAGCCGUUGCGGAGCAAUACGAUGAUGGCCCACACACCGGAUCCGUUCAAGCUUCAAGGCCUGCUUUUGGCCGUCCCGGAGUUGGUGGUCGAGCUGGAGGAGCAUUUGGUGGAGCGUUCGGCGGAGGAUUUGGCGGAGGUUUUAAUACUUCUUCGAUCCCGAUAGAGAAUGGACUCACUGUCGAAGAAACGAAACAGCGCGAUGCAUUGAGGAAACAACGGGCAGCACAGCAACAGGUCGCAAGGGAUGGAGGUUCGUCCACACGUACUACCACGCCUGCUCCCACACAAUCCAAAAUACGCUAUGGCGAUUUUGGGCGGAAUUCCUCGUGGUCUACUCAUGCGGAGAAUUCCGGUCGCGGAGGGGAGGAACGCGAACGACGAAAUGUAAUCGGACGGAAUCAAGAAAAACAGCCCGGGAACUCCCCUCGGAUUACUCGAACAAAUGGCUACAAUGCUGCUCCACCAUUGCGUGACCAUAAGGGGGAGAGCUGGAAUUGUCGAGUCUGCAGGAAUGUUAAUCCCGCUCCUCGUAAGGUCUGCCCUAGAUGCGGCACCCCUGAAACCCAACCAUCUUCUUUCACAUCUACGUUGCCAACUGGAGUCACAAACGGCGGUCGUGGCAGUGUAAAUCCCCGUGAUCAGGUGCGCGAGGCACCAAUAGUACGCAGAGUUAACAUCUCCACUUCUUACGGGGGCGGAACCAUAUCUACAACGCCCAAUAACACACUCGACGCUUUCUCGGGGUUCCGAAAGGGAAAAUGGUCUCAAGAACAGCAAGAGAAAGAGGAAUACAUAGCAUCCCAACUGUCCAAGUCAGCUCCUCCGAAGGAGCAUCGGAAGCCAGAGGUAGAUGAAGUCCUUGCAUUAGAAGUUGAUCCACAAGCGGAGGCAGAGGCGAGUGUAGACUCGAAAUCAAAGAAAAUCAAGAAGAAAGGGAGAAGGAGAGAUGAGAACGAUGACGAGGGAGAAGCCUCCGUUUCACGUGUUUCAAACGACCUGGACUAUAAUCGUGAACUUGAGCGUGCUGAGCGCCGUAGACUCAAAGAACUGAAAAAACAACAUGCAAAGGCAGCUAAAAAGGAUAUUGAAGCUCCUGCGCCCAUAUAUUUGCCCGAGUUUAUAACGGUUGGUAACCUUGCCGAUGUGUUGGGUGUUCGACCAGCCGAUUUCUUGGGCCGCCUGGUGGAUUUCGGGUUCGAAGAAGCCACAUACAGCCAUAUCUUAGAUGCCGAAACUGCAGGGUUAAUUGCAUCGGAAUUUAAUUUCACCCCUAUUAUCGACAAUGCCGGCGACGAUCUGGUAGCUGCUCCACCACCGCAGGAUACUUCAAACUUGUCACCGCGACCCCCGGUCGUCACUAUUAUGGGCCAUGUUGACCAUGGAAAGACUACCCUUUUGGAUUGGCUUCGCAAGUCAUCUGUUGUAGCAACCGAGCAUGGCGGGAUCACCCAGCAUAUCGGCGCAUUCUCUGUGACAAUGCCAUCCGGCAAAGUUAUCACCUUUUUGGACACACCAGGGCACGCUGCUUUCCUCGAUAUGCGUCGACGAGGGGCGAAUGUGACGGACAUUGUCAUCCUUGUUGUAGCUGCUGAUGACAGUGUUAAACCGCAAACCAUCGAAGCUAUCAAGCAUGCGAAGGAGGCGAACGUCCCUAUCAUUGUUGCCAUUAACAAAAUCGAUAAGCCAGACAUCAACGUUGAAAGAGUGAAACAAGAUCUUGCUCGGAACAACGUCCAUGUUGAGGAUAUCGGUGGUGAUGUUCAAGCUAUAUGCGUUAGCGGAAAAACCGGGCAAGGCAUGCUUGACCUGGAAGAAGCUACGGUGACGUUGUCGGAAAUGCUUGACCACCGGGCCGAGAGAGAUGGCAAUGUUGAAGGAUGGGUCAUCGAAGCGACUACGAAAAAAGGCGGUCGUGUAGCUACUGUUCUCGUUAAACGGGGAACGCUAAAACCUGGUGAUGUCGUCGUCGCCGGCACUACUUGGGCUAAAGUCCGAACGCUGAAAAACGAAGCGGGAGUAAUAAUUCAAGAAGCUCUCCCGGGUACUCCAGUUGAAGUUGACGGUUGGAAGGAACAGCCUCAGGCUGGAAAUGAGGUUCUCGAAGCAACAAGCGAGCAACAUGCCAAAUCCGUCAUCGAGUAUAGAUUAACCAGAGUCGAAUCCAAGAAACUAAGCGAGGACAUUGGUGCGAUUAACAAAGCAAAAAGGGCAGAUCUUGAAAGGCGAAGACAGGAGCUGCAAGCUGAGGAGGACGAAAGAGCCCAGUCCGCCGCUGAUGCUGAUUCUGGUCCGAAGGGUGUACCAUUCCUCAUCAAAGCUGACGUCUCGGGUUCUGUUGAGGCCCUGGUCAACUCGGUUUCUGCGCUCGGCAACAGCGAAGUAUACGCACGCAUUCUGCGGUCUGGUGUAGGCCCGAUUAGUGAAUUUGACAUCCAACAUGCUGCUGUUGCGAAGGGCCACAUCAUCACUUUCAACAUGCCUGUGGAUCCAUCAAUGGCUCGAAUGGCAGAGGCAGAAGGGGUCAAGAUCAUGAACCACAACAUCAUUUAUGAGUUAAUUGAUGAUGUGAAGUCGAAACUUAGCGAUCAUCUUCUACCCACAAUCACUCAACAUGUCACUGGAGAGGCGGAGAUAGGUCAGAUUUUCGAAAUAUCAGGCAAAGGCCGCACGAAGAUUGCCAUUGCAGGUUCCAGGGUUCGGAACGGCCUAAUUAGCCGCUCGCAUAAAGCCCGGGUCCUUCGUGACAAAGAAGUCAUCUAUGACGGUAUAAUCACAUCUCUCAAGAACGUGAAGAAGGACGUCACAGAGAUGCGAAAGGGUACUGAAUGUGGCAUCGCAUUUGAGAACUGGAACGACUUUAGAGUCGGCGACCACGUCCAAUGUUACGAAGAAAAGUCCGAAAAGCGAAUGCUAUGAUAUGCCAAGAAAAGGAAAAUUAAUGGUCGUUUUGUUCGUUGAUAAUUGUUACGUGUUCCAUCUGGGCUCGAGUCCUUUGAAAUUUUUUUUCCCCCAAUACUCACCCUUUGUACCAUAUCCAACUUCAUAUUUCUUUCGAUUUUUGUCUUAUAUGCACCGGAUACUAUCGGUUUUACGUUCAAGGAGUUAUACUCACCUCUCAUCAGCCGAUGCAUUUGCGUCCCCAAAAUUAUCCACACACUUUUCCACGCGUCUAAACCGUCGGUGCACCGAUCCAGCUCCCCUCUAACCUCGGUCUCGUUUUAUUAUUCCCGGACUCUCACCAAAAUAGGCUGGGCAGUUUCCAUUUACUUUCCAUCGCAUUGCUUUUCAUGUAUGGUUCACAGUGGAAAAUUGGGCAUUUGUUUUCGCUCCUCUUAGUUGGCGGGGAAGGUUGAUAUAUGUUAAUGGCGAUAGAUGGGUUGAUCCCCUGGAUAGAUAUUCAUAAGUUUCUUUAGAGUUGAAUAAAGAAAAGCAAAACAUUUUUGCG